UAAAUUAGCUCUUGGACAGCCACAGGUACUAACACAAUUAUACAUGUAACGAUGUAACAACUGGCGCACUAAUCCUAUCCUAUAGGAUCACCAACGAUCGGUGGAAGCUAGGCUUGGACACAUGUCGUCUUCUUUAUUACCGUACAUCUUUGUGUAUUGGGUUAAUCCCUACAAUCAGACGCAGGUACUGCACAAUUGGAAAACACCCAUCGAGCAACUUCACCUGGAAAUCCUUGGGCUAAGAGUGGGGUUUUUUAAAGCACCUCAGGUAAUAGCGAGUGUGCCCUUAUACCUCUCUUGCGUAUAAAACAGAGCACUACCGUGAAGAAGCUAUCAGUUCGCAGCGAGCAAAGCCAACGAAAACAUCAAAGAGAUCAACUAUUAAGAGAAGAGAGAACCGAGGAACAUGAGCAACAUUAGCAACGACAGUGGACUGGAUGACUCUGCCAUCUGCGGAGCUAUGGCCAAUCCCAGUGGUCAGGCAGCGACUCGUCUCUCCUGGUUCCUGGCCGAGGUAGAUGAAGGAUCGAUGAAGAACGGACAGCCAAAUGGCCAGCCGCGACUCUGCGUCCUCCACUCCAUGGAGCUGCUGGAAUCGGAUGUCUCCGACAAGUAUAUGACCCGUUUUGUGGAGUUCCGGGUCAACGGCAUGGUGCUGGAGGCCAAACUGAUCUUAGCCGCCGAUGAGCGGCGGCUGGUAGACGCGGCCUUGGUAUCGAUGAGCAAGGAGCAGCGUGAGGAGUCUAGCGCCAGGCAGCUUCUGGUGCAGUACACAGAGAACGAGGAAGCAGGCGAACGUCUGGUCCAUAAGUUGGUGUCCCCCAACAACGUGGUCUGGCUAAGCACGAAGCCAGAGUUAAAGUGCAAUCCGCUGGUCAGUCUCGGUCCCGGAUGCAUUGCUCAUGUACUGUAUGCCUAUGAUCAGCGGGACUAUAUGGAGAAGGUGUUGCUCCAUCUGAAGGCACGCUGCUUUGAUCACGCCUUCGAUGACCAGCUGGACAUGCCGGUGGCCAUGGACGAUAACACCUGGCUGCUGGUGCAGUAUAGUCCUGAGCCGGAAACCGUAGUCUACCAGGUAAUACAGUUCAGCCAUACCAUGUGGCGGCAGGAGAACCUCUUCAAAGACGUCAUUGCCUAUGUCCAGUUGCCGGGCAGCGAACUAGUGAUGCAGGCCGUCGUCAUUAGCUAUGGCCAAGAUCAGAAGGAGCAGUUAGCCAAGUACGAUGAUCUGCGUUGCUUUGCGAUGGAUCUUGACUUCCCGCUGCCCGAAGAGCUGGAGGAACAACUUGAGCAGGGCAGUGGCACCGCCGCCCUGUUCUCCCGCACUAGCAUUUACCAAAGAGCCGAGGAGCGGGACGCCACUGGAGAGCACAAGGAGCUGAGGCACAGUUUGGAGAAGAUGGGUGAGAAGGCCCAGAGCGAGGCCCAAAUGAUCAUCGAUGCCUUCGACAUGGUCGACAACAUCAACAAGAAUCUCCAGUGCCGCCUGGGUGGCGACGUCCGACUGGAGAUGGCACCCACAUCUGGAGACGAACUUCAUUAGUCUAGCAAACCCCUCCUCAUUUCAGUCAUUAUACAAAGUUUAAAACUUGA